CAUGACGUUUGCAGUUUUUUCUUCAGCUGCAAGUUCCCGUCGAGUUCAGCCGCGAGGUUUCAAACCUUUCAACACUGUUUUUCAGUUCCAUCCGGAUUGAGAUAGACCUUUUGGAGCUCAAAAUGAAAAAAAGGAAGCCAUGUUGAAUUCUGAGGAUAUUGUGCUGACCUUUUUAUUCUGUGCCCUGGUGUUGGUUGGUCUAGUUGGCAAUAUCUUGGUCUGUUUGGUGGUUUAUUCAUACAGAAGUAUGCGGACACCUAUGAAUUACCUUCUUGUAAACUUAGCAGUGGCUGAUAUCUUUGCAGUGACCUUUAUCAGCCCACAGUAUGUUUUUAUCCAUGCAUUUAGUCAUCCUAUUGGGAUGACUGGCGAUUUGAUAUGUAAGUUUAUUACUGGUGGGAAUCUCUCCUGGAUUGGAGGCGUUGCCUCGGUGUUCUCGCUCGUUGCAAUCUCAUUUGAACGUCAUCAAGCAGUUACAAACCCUUACAGUGCCGUAUCCAAAUUUUCCAUGUCAAAAGUAAAGAUCAUUGUCAUCUUUUGCUGGAUUUUUACCAUUGCCUUCAACUUUCCGUUGUUCUUCGCCAUAUACUACGACAAAGAGAAUAUGUUCUGCCUAGAAGCAUGGCCAAGCCCAGGCUUCGGCAAAGCGAAUUCCACAAGUUGGCUCGUAGUUGUCGGAAUCAUCCCAGCCACCAUAAUGAUAUCCUUGUACGCUAGAGUCGUCCACGAUCUGUGGUUUAAGAAACUAAACGGUAACGUGCAAAUAGCAGUGCGAAAGUCGAGAAGAAAAGUUACAAAGAUCGUCUUGAUUGUAAGCGUUAUUUACGCCGUGAGCUGGUUUCCUCAAUUGAUUCUGUACCCCCUUAGUCACUAUCACCAUGCUUAUGAGUUCGGAGGUAUCCCGUACAUAACGUCCGUUGUCAUGGUAACAUUUAACUCCGCCAUAAACCCUGUUAUAUACGGCUUCCAAAGCGAACGAUUCCAGCAAUACUUUAAACAGCUGCUAUUUUGCCGGCAGAGGAGAGGUUUCCUAGUUACUCCUCUGGUCGUUAACGCGCCGCGGCCAAUUAGUGAGAGUCUAGUAACUGCAAAUCAUGAGGUAAUAGGUCCUGAGUCGACUAAAGAUUGUGGGAAGAUGGCGGCUGAACGACGCAUCGAUUGUUUAGAGAAUGCUUGGGUUUCUGACCGACAGUAA